AUGUCUCCUCCAGCGCCGAUCUCUAAGCUGGCUGGAUACUUUCACAUCAAACGACACACACCAAGCCUCACAGAUACCAUUGAAACAGAAGAGACAGAAGUGGAAAGAUCACCAUCCAUAUUUGUCGACCAAGUCGACAAGGCUAUGGAGGACGAAGUUUCCCGGGCCCUUGAACAGCUUCCAAGCAACUUCUCUUCGCGCCGAGAGAGCGCGGCUUCAGUACUCACCGUGUCGACCACUGCCACCAGCAUUGCGCUGCCUACACCCAACUCUCCCAGCUUUCGCAAAGAAAGCUGGCAACUUUACGAUGUUGUUGUCCGACUGAUCUUGACCCCCGCCGUGACCAUGUGA